UUCCACCAACGCGACACCAACCGCUCCUCCCUCUUCUCUGGCUACGACCAACGCUCGCGCCCAACCUCCACAUCCCCAAACCCAUACACGGCAAGCAACGGCUACAGCAUCCCUUCAUCCUCCAACAACAACACAUUCGCCGCCUACCCAGGCAACAGCAGCACAGAAAGAGGCGGCUCGAGCGCGAGUUUCCGCACCGCGACACCAGACAAACGUGGUGCAUAUAGCGAUGCCGUGCUCUCGGAGCUGGAAUCGCAGAAUGACGAGCAGGUUUCCGAGAUGAGUAAGAAGGUCGGCAUGUUGAAAGAUCUUACCCUGCGUAUUGGCGACGAGAUUCGUGAUUCGACUGCGUUGGCCGAAAAGAUGAAUGAUCAGUUCUCGAAUACGAGUAACAAGCUCAAGGGCACUAUGAACCGUAUGCUGCGUAUGGCGCAGAGUACCGGUGUGGGUUGGAAGGUGUGGCUCAUCUUCUUUGCCUUUGUCGUGGCUUUGUUCUGGUAUGUCUGGCUGUUC